CGGCAAACGAGACGAUUUGUUCCGUUCGGCGAAGUACAGUAGGCGUCAGAGUCAGACCUCUCAAUUGAGGCUGUAAAACUGUUUCAAAAAUUUCAUUCCUCCUUCCUCGCAGCCGGCACGGGGUACCAUGUCAAUUGUGAGGCGUUUGUGGGAACGAAUAUUGAAGCCAUCAUAUUUUGUUGGAAAAGACUUGGAAGGAAACAAAUACUUUGAAUGUCCAAAUACUGACAAAGGACGUUCUAAACGAACGGUGAAGUACAGAAAGAAUGAAGAUAUGUGGGCAUACGUUGCCAGCGGAAGGCGCCUCCCAGUACAAUGGUCAGCAUGGCUGACGCAUACUAGGCCUAUUCCGCCCACCAUCGAGGAGUUGCAGGCGGAUCUAGCACGUCAACAACGAGUUAAGAUAAAUGCAGCCAUCCUUGAAGCGAAGUAUCAGACAGAAAGUGCCGAUAGGGGACGGGUAGCUGUGCCCCCCAGCCACAAUUCUGAAAUUGAAGCGCAGUCUCCGUCGGCGUCGCAGAACGUGCCUAUGGAUCAAAAGCUGGAACCUCAAGAAUCUGAUCAAAGACCAAAAUCCCAAACACGGGAUCCUUGGGCAGAGGCAUCGAAGGGAUCCGAUGAACCUCGAUCGUGGACGCCUGUAUCUCGCAGGAGAUAGCACGUUGUUUUUGGUAUAUAACAAGCAAUGUUCUCUUUCGAAAGGUUUGAGACAUUGUGGCAGGAGUCUUACUGAGCUAACUGCCUCAUUUCAGAUAAUAUUUUUCACCGAUACGGAUUUUUAAAUUGACAUCAGCUGCCUGGCUCGUACAAAUUUUUUUAGCGGUUGAAUCAAAGACUCCGAGGCCUUCUCAGUAUAUUACAUGUUCCCUAGAGGCUGUUGUAUGGAAGGUCCAAGUGUAUCUUGCCACACAGAAGCAUCCUCAUGCUGAAGAGUCCGGACAACUGAACUGGGCUGUUCUACUUACAUGGAUGAUUUCUAUCAUAGAAAUGGAACCUAAGUUCUGGAUUGAACA